CAAUCAUGUUCUGUCCUUCAUUAGCAUAAACAAGGACGCUAGCGAUAUCACUAGGUUCCAUGUACAGCACAUAAAACCUAGCAAGCGUUGGCGGGAGCGCGCAAUCCUGCGUACACACUGAGCCAUGUAAGCAACGGCAUUUUGAAACGACAUUGUGUACCCAGCUUUAAUAUAGUCAUGUGUCUGUAAAGAUGGCCCUUUGUCAGUAAACAUUUACCUAAUUGUUAAUAGUAUUUACAAAAGAAAAGAAAAUAUUGACAAAAGUUAGCAACACAUGGCCAGAGAGUAAGAGUUGUGUGUUUUGCUUUUCUUGUACCUUCCCAGUCACCGUAGUGAAACUCCCAACUCUCUCCCUCCCCCCCUGUCUGUCUCCAAACCCAGCAGCAGCAGCAGCCCAGGGAGGAGGGACAGUCAGUCAGUCAGUGUAGUAACAAUGUAGCUUUCUGUCUCUUUCAUGAACUCCCUGCAUUUACAGUGUAUCCUGUGCAGCUCACAUGUGAUCCCAGGACUCAGAGACAGUGACCAUUGCCUGCUGGCUCCCUGGCUGCAAGCUCUGGAGGCUGGCAGGCUGCUUGCACAACAGAGACUGCAAGGAGACCAUUGCAGCAUGCCAUGCUAAGUGCUGCGAGUGGCACAGAAGCCCAGGAUCACAGCCCAUGCUGCUACCACCAUUCACAGUAAGACUCUAUGGGAUUGGUGCCCUGAGCCUGCAGGGAUAACUGAAUGCGUUUGGGAUCUUGUUUACACUGGAGGAACUUUCACAUCUGUUUCACACAAACUCAAAGUUCAGCCCCACAGGGCUGACCUCACAGCACACUCCAUAGCAGUAACCUGCCCUGUUUGCACAGCAGCACAUGCAAAAGUCUGCACCCCCCACUCACCUUUCCUGUGCCUGUGGGCUGGGCUCAGCGGGGGACAUUCAAGAGAAGGGGCCUGGAGAUUUAUGCAAAGGUCCAAGAAGUCCAAGGGUGCAAUUGUGGCUGGAGAGGGGAGAACCCCUUACUACAAGCUGCAGCAAUGGAUGCGAUCGGCAUGGCACUUCUGAAGAGAGCCACAGAGGUGGAACAAAUUGCAGAGGUGCACAUCAUCGGAGAACAGUUUAGGCUUCGGUUGCACGAAGACAAAGUAAUAAAAGACCGAAGGCGCCACUUGAGAACCUAUCCGAAUUGCUUCGUGGCCAGGGAAGCGGUCGACUGGCUUAUUGAUCGCAAAGAAGCUUCGGAUAGGAUCACAGCAAUAGAACUGAUGCAAAAGAUGGUGGAAAAUAACACCAUACAUCACGUCUGCGAUGAAUUCAAGGAUUUCAGAGAUGCAAAACUUUUCUACCGGUUCAGAAACGACGACGGGACGUUCCCUAUAGAGCAAGAGGUGAAGGUUAUUAUGCGAGGACAGCGCAUAUAUGAGAAAAUAAUGAGUGCGGACAGCUCGUUACUACAAGCCAGAGAAGAGGACGGCGUCAAGUACGAUCGCUCCUUCAUAGGCUCUGAGUUUGUCAACAUGUUGAUUCAUGUACAAGAGGCCAAGACCAGGGCUGACGCCGAAGUGCUGAGCCGGCGGCUUCUGGAACACUCGGUAAUACAGCACGUGUCAAACAAGCACCACUUUGUGGACUGCUCUCUUCUGUAUCAGUUUCGAUUGAACUUCAGACGCAGGCGGAGGUUCAUGGAGGUCCUCAUCAAGAGACCCCAAGCCGUGCCGGAGUGUCAGGACAGCCCGUUCUGCCUGCGCAAGCAGAGCCAGGACAAGUCUGCCAGCUUCCACUCCGUGAGCUCCAGCAAUGAGGUGAAAGUGGUGCCCUCCAUCCGGCGGACCAGCAUGAGCAUCAGUAACAGCAGCGGAUACUUCAGCGUCACCUCGCCCGUUGGUAUCAGCCCGCCCGUCAUACUCUGCAAUCCCAGAUCAGUGUUAAGGAGGCCGGUUACAUUGGAUGAGCUCCUGAGCGGAGCCCCCUAUAUGAGGAAAACGCUGACUAUUGUGAGUGACGCAGUGGGAUGGGGAUUUGUGGUACGAGGAAAUUCGCCAUGUCACAUACAGGCAUUGGAUCCCACCGGACCAGCUGCAGCUGCAGGAAUGAAGACCUGCCAGUUCGUGGUGUCUGUCAAUGGUCUCAACGUCCUUCACUGUGAUUUCAGAGCGGUCAGUAAUCUCAUUCUUACCGGCCCGCGGACAAUUGUCAUGGAAGUGAUGGAGGAGGUGAAAGGGUGACGGGGAGGCCGCUGACCGAUGUGUAUGGCCAGGCGACUGUUAUCCAACCAAAGCUAAACCAACACAAUCUACAGGACACUGCUGGGGGAACUACAUGUACUGUAACCGAUACACAUGGGGAAAUAUAAUGUAUGUUAAAUACAUUAAAAAACAAACAAAAAAGUGCCAUUAAAGAUUCACAGUGAUGUUGGUAAAUAAUAGAUGGUUAGUCAUUAUGUAGAUUGUACAUACUUACUAUAGUGUUUUAUUCACUGCAGCCAUAAGCUAGAGUACAGGAAAUAUGAGGCAUAAUAUAAAGAAACAAUACUUGAAUCAAACCUUACGCAACUGAUUGUAUUAUAGUGUCUAUGAUAUAAAUAUAAUGUCUGUUUUUACACACAAGGAAACCUUUCGCCAUUAAUACAUUUUGCAUAAGAUUGUAUCUUGGUAAAUGCUGUUACCCUGUAAAAACAGAUUUGCAUAAUAUAAUGUGUAACAAAUUGAGAUUUUUUUUUUGUUUUAAAGGGAAAUAAAAAAUAAGAUUUUAUAUUGAAUAUAAAAAUGUGAGUUUUAAAAAGUAAUCAAUUCUUGUUUUCUUUGAGAACUGCUGCGAAAAAUAUAUAUAAACAUUUAAAGGGGCAUUGACAAGACUUAACCUGAAAACUCUAAAUUCAGAAAUAGUUGAAGGUUUCAGGUUAUCACUUAGACCUUUCUUCAGGGUAAAUGAUUGCCUGAGGCUUUUGAUACUUUUGUCACAUAUUCCAAGUUCCGUCAGUCCCCCCGGUUUAGGUUUAUUUUGGUGUAUCUGGCUGCACCCAGGCAGCUGUCUGUUCACCUUGGAUUGCCAUAAUUAAGCCUAAUAUAUCAAAUAUCUUGGUGACAUUUUUUACAUUUGAUCUUUGUUUUGUUUUUAAUGCAAACUUAAUAUGAUGUUUUAUAUACUGAGUGUCAUAUGCCGUUGAUGUUCAUGUGUGAGGUCAGUCAUCCUUCUGCGCCUAAUUGUGUUACAGGAGGUAGAUUUGUAUGCACACUGAGAGAAUCUCUCGCCUGGGGCUGUAUUACACCUAAAUACUCACACUGAUCCCUUAUAGAGUGCACCUGUCACCUAUGCACAGUGGAAGCGGCCAUUUUGUUGUUGGAGUCCAUUUUAAUGAUUCUUCAUCCUACAGAUUUAUUGAGGCAAGUUGGAAUUUGUGCCAGCUCCUUGUGGAUUGCCUGGCUACAUUCUCGUGAAUGCUGCUUCAGUCCACUGUGUGUAGCCAUGAGGUACACUUUAUUUCUCUAACGUCCUAGUGGAUGCUGGGGACUCCGAAAGGACCAUGGGGAAUAGCGGCUCCG